AACGGGGGGUGAUGGGGGAUGGGAAGGGCAGGGACCCCCCCUCAUACAUCUAGGGGGGGGGGUCUCCCCGGUUGACCCCCCCCGCGACCCUCGCAGCCGCGCCAUGAGCCUGGAUGUCCUGCGCACCCUGGGGUCCCCCGCGGUGAAGCCGGAGCCGGUGCCGCAGGCGAGGAGACGGAGGCGUCGAGCUGCGCCGGCCCAGGGGGGUCGGUGGUCCCCAAGGCGGAGGCGAUGCCCGACGGCGAGGAGCCGGGGGCGCCGGGGGAGCCCGGGGGGGGGCUGGAGCACGGCUGCUCAGAGGACUGGCUGGUGAGGAAGGUGAAGGUGGAGGAAGAGUAUGAAGAAUGGCCGGCCGGCGCCGAAACCCUGCUGGCGGGGCAGCCCCCGGCCGAGCCGUCGUUCCCCCCCGGCGCCUGCAAAGCGGAGGAGCCGUGCCCGGAGGAGCUGGGCUACGGCGAGCUGCCCGCCUUCGCCGUGCCGCCCUGGCCGCCGCUCGGCCGCAGCCCCGCCGGCGUCGACGGCUGCGACGGGUUCUUCCACGGGCGGCUGGGAUCGGAGGAGGGCGAAAGCCGUCCCUGCGGGGGCUGCGGACCCCCCCCGCGCCCCUUCGCCUGCGGCCAGUGCGGGAAGGGCUUCGGGAAGAAGGCUCACCUCACCCGGCACCUGCGGGUGCACACGGGCGAGCGGCCCUUCCCCUGCGGCCAGUGCGGCCGCCGGUUCCGCCAGAAGAUCCACCUCCGCUCCCACCAGAAGACCCACACGGGGGAAAGACCCUUCCCCUGCCCCGAAUGCGGCCGACGCUUCCGGAAGAAAACCCACCUGGUCCGGCACCAGCGCACCCACACCGGCGAACGCCCCUUCCCCUGCGCCCGUUGCGGCCGUCGCUUCGCCCACAAACAGCAUCUCCUCCGGCACCAGCAGCUCCACGCCGAACCGACGCCGGGAGCCGGAGACGAGGAGGUCGCAUCCGAGGAGAAACCUUUCCCUUGCCCGGAAUGCGGGAAAAACUUCAGCUGGAAGAAAAACCUGGCGUCUCACCGCCGGCUCCACCGGGAGGGACGCCCUUUCGCCUGCGCCGAGUGCGGCCGGGGCUUUAGCGACAAGCGGCACCUGACGGCGCACCUGCGGGGCCACAUGGGGCUGAAGCCCUACGCUUGCCCCCACUGCGAGAAGACCUUCAGCCACAAGCCCAACCUGGCCAGCCACCAGCGCACCCACACGGGCGAGCGGCCCUUCGCCUGCCCCCACUGCCCCCGCGCCUUCGCCCACAACCAGCACCUCCUGCGGCACCUGCGGGUGCACACGGGCGAGCGGCCCUUCCCCUGCCCGCAGUGCGGCCGCCGCUUCGGUUCCCGCCCCAACCUCCUCGCCCACGCCAAGGCCCACGCCGGCGCCCGCCCUUUCUCCUGCCAGCAGUGCGGAAGGGGCUUCAGCCGAAAAUCCCACCUGGAGCGGCACCAGGCGGUGCACACCGGCACCCGGCCCCACGCCUGCGCCCAGUGCGGCAAGCGCUUCAGCUCCAAGACCAACCUGGGGCGGCACCAGGCGGUGCACACCGGCCACCGGCCCUACAUCUGCACCCAGUGCGGCAAGAGCUUCAGCCGCAAAACCCACCUGCUGCGCCACGAGCGCACCCACCUCGGCGCCGGCCCUUUCCGCUGCGCCCAGUGCGGCAAAGGUUUCCGCCAGAAGCAAAGCCUCAUCACUCACGAGAGGAUCCACACCGGAGAGAAACCCUACAGGUGCGGGGAUUGCGGGAAGAGCUUCAGCCAGCGGCCCAACCUCCUGACCCACCGCCGGGUGCACACGGGGGAGCGCCCCUUCCCCUGCGCCCAGUGCGGCAAGAGCUUCAGCCAGAAGGCCAACCUCCUGGCCCACCAACGCAUCCACGCCGAGGACACCCCUUUCGUCUGCCCCGAGUGCGGGAAGAGCUUCAGGCAGAAGCCCAACCUCAUCACCCACCGCAGGAUCCACACCGGGGAGCGGCCCUUCACCUGCUUCCUCUGCGGCCGCAGCUUCAACCAGAAGACCAACCUGGUGACCCACUACCGGGUGCACACGGGGGAGCGUCCCUUCGCCUGCACCCAGUGCGGCAAACGCUUCACCCAGAAAACCAACCUGGUGACGCACCAGAGCACCCACACGGACCUCCGUCCCUACCCCUGCGGGCAGUGCCAGAAGUGCUUCAAGGACAAAGUCUCCCUCAAAGCCCACCAGAAGACUCACGCCCCCCGCCAGCGCCGCUGCCCGGGCCGCAGCCCCGCCGCCGGCCUGCCCUACGGGGCUGCCCCCACCCUGCUCCAACCCGGGGGGCCCGAGCAAGACGCCCCCUUCAGCCCCAUGCCGCCGCUGCCCGUUCAGAAGAUCCCCGAGGGCCAAGAGCUGUACUCGUGUACGGAGAAGAGCUUUCCCCCCAAGGAGCCGCUCCUGCCGCACCAGCAGCCCCCCCUGGGCGAGCAAACCUUCCCCUGCGUCCAGUGCGGGGAGGGCUUUUGCCAGAAGGUGACUCUCCUCCGGCCGCAGCACGGUCCCGCCGCCGAGGCUCCCGGGGGUUGCGCGGCAGCCUUCAGCCACGGCCCACACCUCCUGGGGCACCUGGGGGUGCAGCCCGUCCUGGGGGACGCCACCCCCCCGCCUCCCCCGGCCCCCGGAGCGGAGAAACCCUUCAUCUGUAACCAGUGCGGCAACAGCUUCGGCCUCUGGCUCUCCCUGGUGGCCCACCAGAAGACCCACGUCGGGCAGAAGUCCUACCCGUGCCCCGAGCACGAGAAAAGCUCCGGCGACGAGCUGUCCCCCAAAACCCCCCAGGAGAAGGCGGCGGAAGGGAGGGCCUGGGUGUGCCCCGAGUGCGGGAGGAGCUUCGCCCAGUACGAGCGGUUGGUCAAGCACCGGCAAAACCACCGGGGCCGAGGGCCCUACCGCUGCGACGUCUGCGGCAAGAGGUUCAGCCUGAAAACCAACCUGGUGACCCACCAACGCAUCCACACCGGCGAGCGGCCCUUCACCUGCGGCGUCUGCGGCCGGCGCUUCAACCAGAAGGGCAACCUGGUCACCCACUACCGCACGCACACCGGCGAGCGCCCCUUCGCCUGCACCCAGUGCGGCAAGCGCUUCGCCCAGAAGCCCAACCUCAUCGCCCACCAGAAGACCCACACCGGCAGGCAGCCCUUCACCUGCCUGGAGUGUCCCAAACGCUUCAAGAGCAAACUCUCCCUGCGGGUCCACCAGCGCGUCCACGCGGCCGAACGACCCCAGAGCGAGCCGGGCCAGGCCCCCGGCCUCCAAACCCACCCGGGGAGCCCCUACCCCUGCUCCCUCUGCGGGGAAACCUUCGAGGAACACGGGGAGCUGCAGCUUCACCGGCAGGGCCACGCCGGCGAGCGACCGCACGCCUGCGCCGAGUGCGGCAAGCGCUUCCGGCAGAAGGUGAAUCUGGCCGUUCACCAGAGGACCCACACCGGCGAGCGGCCCUUCCGCUGCGCCGAGUGCGGGAAGGGUUUUAGCCAGAAGGCUCACCUCCUCCGGCACCGCCGGACGCACGCCGGCGCCAUCCCCUCCUCCUGCUGCGAGGGAACCUGUCCGGCGCACCAGGAAGAAUCGGAAGGGAGCGGCGCUCCCUUGGGAAAGGCCUCGGAAGCCCCCGGCAUGCUGCUCCCCCCCUGCUCCCGCGGAGCUGCUCACGGAUCCUUGGCUCGGGAGGAGCUUCGGCCGACAGCGCAGCCCCCCACCAGACCGGAGAGCCCCUCCGGAGCGGCAGACAUCCUCCUGCAGCUCAUGCAGGAAGACCAUCACCUGGUGGCCGGCUCCCACCACCCGCAGGAGGGACCGGCGGGCCCCUGCCCUUGUAAAUGCACCGAGGGAGGGGAAGGUUUGAGCCCCAAACCUCCCAGCCUGCCCCCCCAGUGCUGCUGCGCCGACUGCGUGGCCCAGCGCCAGCUCCUCCUGAAGCCCCAGCCCGACUGCCGCGGGGAGCUCUGGGGCAAGUACGGCGCCUGCGGCAGAAGCUUCGAGGAGAAACGCGUCCUGCGAGUGCCCGAGAGAGCGCCCGGCGAAGAGAAACCCUCGCCCUGCCCCAGCUGCUUGUAACGGCGCCGGCCGAAAAACCUGCCCGCGGGCGAGGGACUGCUCCUCGUCGGAGAGACACCAAACCUAAGGAGGCGGCGGCCGGCGCCCGGGGGAUGCCCGGAUGGCUGACCGCAGGAGGCCGGCGCCGAGGGAACGGUGGAAAGGUGGUGGGGACUCGGGAAUAAGGUGGCGGAUUCGGGAAGAGGAGGCUCGGAGGAUGCCCCAGGCGGGUUUCGGAUGGGGUGAAGCCAGGAGGAGAGGGUGGACUCGGAGGCGCUGCGUCAGCUUUCCGUCUCGUCAGCGUACCCAACGGAAGGAGGAUCCCGGAUCCGCCGCCUUUGCUCCUGCGGCGGCCGCACGGACCGUAGGGAGCGGGAAGAGCUCGGGAAGAGCUCGGCAUCUGGGAUCCGUUGGCUUCAAAACCGCUCCCGGCGUGCAGCCGGGCAGGGCUGCCUGCUCCCGCCCCCCGGGUUCCACGCGCAGACCCGGAGGCAGCCGGGGGGAGCCAAGAGCUUCUCCCAGAACCCUCCGUCCUUCUCUUCCGACCUGGACGUCGUUCCGCAAGGAUGGCUUUGGGAUGGGGAGCUGAGACCAGGAGAGCUGGGGAGAGACGCCGGGGCCUCCUUGCCGAUGCUCCCCAGCCAACGCCGCGGCGUCCGGCUUCCCCCGGGAUGGUGGUUGGGCGGGGGGGGGGACGGACGGGGGCGCGAAGCGGAAGAGUCGGGUGAUGACCACCGGGAAAACGGAAAACAGCCGGGAAAACGGCCUGGAAGCGUCUCGGCUCACCUCUGCUUCCAAAAAAGGAACCCGGGAGAAGCUUCUCCGAGUCCG